AAAUGGUGGCGGGGAGGGUUUUCAAUUUCUCUUCUACAGCGUCACUGGCUGUCCGUAAAGCUCAUAAUUUGAAGAUUCUCUUCUCAAAAGCUUCCAUUUUUACAAAAUACCCGUUUCACAGAACCAGCUUGGUUGAUGUUAUGUGCAAGGCUUUUGGUCAAGAACCUUCUUUUGGACUACUCCAUGAUUUAAGAAGAUUUCCCUUUGAGGGACGUCUAUGGAUUCAUUCAGCUCCAUUUCUGAACGCUGUGGAGCCACCAAAGUGUCCUGAAAAUGGAAAAGCUGGUGCUGCUGCUGGUGAUGCAAAAGUAAAGAGGAAGAAGCUGAAAGGAAAACGAGCUGUUGUAAGGUGGUUAAAGUUCUUUAGAUGGAAGAAGAAGAAAGAGUAUGAAAGGAUGACAGCUGAAGAGAAAAUUUUGUACAAAUUGAGAAAGGCUCAAAAGAAAGAGGAAAGGCUAGUUGAAGCAUUGAAAAAGGUUGAACCUAAGGAAUCUUCAGAUACAACCCAUGAUCCAGAGAUACUAACACCAGAAGAACAUUUUUUCUAUCUGAAGAUGGGCCUUAAGUGUAAGAAUUAUGUUCCUGUUGGAAGACGGGGAAUAUACCAGGGUGUAAUUCUGAAUAUGCAUCUGCACUGGAAGAAACAUCAGACUCUGAAGGUGGUGGUAAAGACAUUCUCGGCAGAGGAGGUUAAGGAGAUUGCGGCUGAGCUGGCUAGAUUGACCGGAGGAAUUGUUCUUGAUAUUCAUGAAGAAAAUACAAUAAUUAUGUAUAGAGGAAAGAAUUAUUCACAACCCCCAACCGAGAUAAUGUCACCCAGGGUCACACUCUCAAGAAAGAAGGCUUUGGAUAAAUCCAAGUAUAGGGAUGGCCUUCGUGCUGUUAGGAAACAUAUUCCAAAAUUAGAGCAGGGCCUUGAACUGCUUCGUGCACAGUCUGAAAGAAGAGCAGAAAUAGGAGUUAAUGUUGUAGAAGAUGUCCAAAACACUGAGAUAGAUAGUGUAGAUUCAGAAGGCGUUCCAAGUAUGAAGGAAUCUUCCAAAGAUGAUCCUGAAAUGGAUUCAUUAAUGGGUUCAGAUUCUGAAGAUUUGUCGGAUAUUUUUGAGACGGACUCUGACACGGAGAAAGAUGAGAAGGCGCAACGACCACUUUAUUUGGACAAUUUUGACAAAUUUCCAGCAGAAAAUGAUGAGGAACCUGAAGACUUUGAGGAGCAUUUGCGUCAAAUAUCUGUUAACUCCAGGGCUGCAAAAUCAUUACAAAAAGAUGUAGACUCACCAAAUUUUGAUGAAGUUGAUCAGAUGUUUCUGCGUGCUGCAUCUCUUCUAAAGAAACAAAGGAGAUAGGAGAUUUUACAUUUAUAUAUCAGUGCAGUGAGAUUUUUACAUGCUCUUACCUCAUUUUAUGUAACAUUUAUUGGCAAGGUCACUCUCUUUGGUACAUUAUGAUCUGAGCAAAGUGUAACGGUUAUUAAUUUUGAAAAAUAACUCAUCAUAACUUUGUUAAGUGGAAGAAGGAGAAAUAACUGCAUGAAAAAUGAUAGUUAUCGAAAAAAUACAUCGAAUUCACGCACUAGAUGUGACACUAUCUUGACUGUCCAUUAAUUAUAAAAUUGUUUUAA